AUGACUCAGGUAAGACCCAGACCCACCCCUUUCAUUCCAGCUUCCGUCAGUUCUCCGUCAUCUCACCUCGUGCUCCGUCUAUCGCUCGUCAUCCUCCGCCGUCUCUCUCCCCUUGUCACUUUCGCUUCGCUGCAGGACUUCAAGCGGCUAGCCGACACGGUGAAGCAGCUUCACCAUGACUCGACCGUCAGAACCAAGGAGAAAGCGUCCAUCGAGCGAGAGCGGGUGCGGAUGCAGGAGAAGGUGCAGAAGGCGGAGAGGGAGUCGCAGGUGCUGCGAGGGAGAGUGGGCGAGCUGGAAGAGCAGGUGCUGGCUCAGGAGCAGGAGCUGCAGGACGCCACCUACCGCAUGGAGAAGGUGAGGGAUGGGAGGCACAGGGGGCGCACGGUGCAAGGAAAAGUCGUAGCAGAGGGAUGGACGAUAGUGGUUUGUGGAAGAGUGGGCGAGCUGGAAGAGCAGGUGCAGGCUCAGGAGCAGGAGCUGCAGGAUGCCACCUACCGCAUGGAGAAGGCUGUGCGGGAGGAGGAGCGGAAGAGCGUGGAGAUUCAGCGGAGGCUGGGCGAGGAGUAUCAGGCGGCAAUGGACGGGCAGAACCGCCUGCAGGCAAUGCUGGAGGAUCAGGGGAAGCGGGUGGAUGAGCUCACGACGCUGCUCAGCCAAAAGGGGUUGGAGUGCAAGGAGGCUUUCCAGAAGCUACAUUCAGUGAAGGAAGAGAAUAGCAAGCUCCGGCGAAGGCUCAAGGCGACUGCUUUGGCCCAAAGCUGCGAGGCAGGCUCGGGAAGCUCGGACCUGCGGGAGGCUCUGGCUCGGGCGGAGAGGCAGCUGCUGGAGAAGAAGCAGCAGGUGGAGGUGGCAGAGGCUCUUAACGAGGAGCUCAAGGAGCAGGUGAAACACCUGACGGGGCGGCUGAGCCAGGAGGAUCUUCAGGUGUUUCGGCAGUCCUUCAAGGGGCGGUUGGCAGCAGCAGAGCAGUGUAUAUCGGAGCAGGAGCAGAAGAGCAAAGCACUCAGUCACGCUGCAGAGGCACAUAUGGGACUAGGGGAGAGAUUGAAGGAGGUGGAGGAGGAAUGUGGGAGAUGGAGGGAGAUCGCAAGAGAGAGCGAGAUAAUGGCGGGUGGGGCGGAAGAGGCGCGUAGGCUUGCAGUGGAGCAGCUUGAAACGAGGAUGCGGGCGUGGGAGAGGGAGAAGGAGGAGCUUGUGCGGAGAAUGGAGGAGUUGGAAGGGGUGGAGAGGGAGAAUGGAGAGAAGAAAACAGAGGGAGUUAAGGAGCAGUUGAAGAUAGCAGAGGAAGAGAGGGAGGAGAUGCGGAGGCGUCUGGAAGAAGCUUUAGAGGCUUGUUCUGAGAGUGAAGCUCUAGUGGAUGCUAUUGAAAAAUCCAGGGAAGGGCUUAAGCAGGAAGUGCAGGGGUUGAGUGAGAGGAAUCGGGAGAUUGAGGCGGAGCUGGAGAGUGUGAGGGAGAGUGUGAGGGAGCGAGUGAGGGAGGCGGAGGAGGCAGUGGAAGAGGCGAAGAGAGAGUGUGAGGAGAUGCGGCGGAGGGUGGAGGAGGGGAGGAGGGCAGAGAGGGAGAGGGAGGAGGAGGUGGAGAGGCUAAGGGAUCAAGUGAGAGAGGCUGUAGAGAGGAAAGAAGCCGAGGGGCAACAGAGACUGCUGGAGGCGGAGGGACAAGUGAGGGAGGCGGAGGGACAACUGAGGGAAGCUGAGGAGAGGAUCAAAGAGCUGAGGGAGAAGGAAAGGGGGGUGCAGAGGGAAAUGGAGAGUGUGAGGGAGGAGCUAGAAGCGAAGGAGAGGGGGGUGGAGGAGCGGGAUGAGAAGGUGAGGGAGCUUGAGCAGCAGAUUGAAGGGCUUCAGGAGGAGGUGGAUAGGGAGAGGGAGGCUGCGAGGCGGGCAGAGGCAGAAAAGCAGGAGAUUUCUCAGAGGAUUUCUCAGGAGAUUUCUCAGGAGAUGGAAGCACGGGUUGAGAGGUUGGAGGAGCAGGUUAGGGGGCUGGAGGGGGAGGUGGAGAGGGAGAAGGAGCGAGUGGUGUGUGUGGAGAUUGCUCUGAGGAGGAAAGAGGAGGAGGUGCAGAGCGGUAGAGAGGAGCGGGAAGGGAUGGAGAGGGAGAUCGAGAAAAUGAAGGAGAAGGUUGAGGAGGAGGUGAAGGAGAGAGAGGAGGCGGAGGGGAAAGUGCGUGAGGUGGAAGAGGAGAAGAGGAGAGGAGAAGAGGAGAGAGAAAAGGAGGUGGAAAACUUGAGGGGAGAGGUGGAGAGGCUUGAGAAAGAGGUGGAGAGGGUUCGGAAGGAGUUGGAGGGAGUGAGAGGGCAGGUGGUGGGGGAGAGUGAGGUGAGGCGAAGGCUGGAGACUGUAGAAGGGGAGUAUGGCCGAUUGAGAAUGGAACUUUCGACGAAAGUGAGGGAGGCUGCAGUAGAGAGAGAAGCGAGGGAGGAGAAAGAGAGGGAGUUGCAGGAAGUAAGGGAGGCAGCGGUGGUUGCGACUGAGGAGUGGAAGAAGGAGUUGGGAGAGGUUGAGAGGGUUAUGGGGGUGAUUCGGGAGGAGCGGGAGGCGGUGCAGAGGGAGUGUGAGCGGUUGAGGCAAGAGGCGGAGGAGAGGGAGGUGCAGGUGAGGCUCUUGGAAGGGGCAAGAGAUGAUGUGGUUGCUGCGAUGGGAGGGAUUCGGGAUGAGAAGAGAAAGGUUGAGAGGGAUAUGGAGGAGCGGAUUGAAGCUCUGAAGGUGGAGGUUGAGGAGGUGAGGAGGAAGGGGGAAGAGGAGAGGGAGGCGUGGGAGAGGGAGAGGAAGGAGAGAGAGGAGGAGAGGAAGGAGAGGGAGGAGGAGAGGGAGGAGGAGAGGCGUGUUUUGGAGGGGGAGAGGAGGCAGUGGGAGGAGGAGAGAGAGAGGAUGGAGGAGGAGAGGGGGAAGAUGGAGCAGGAGAAGGGAAGGAUGGAGGAGGAAAGGAGGCGGUGGGAGGAGGAGGUGGGUGCGGCGAGAGAGGCAGUGGAGGAGGCAGAGGGGAAGGCGAGCGCCGCAAGAGAGUUGGUGGAUGAGCUACAGAGACAAGUAGAGAGCGUGCAGAGAGAGAGAGAGGCGUUGCAAGGAGAGGCUGAUGCGCUGAGGGAGCAGCUGAGGGAGGCAGCGGAGGAGGCGGAGGGGAAGGCGAGCGCUGCUAGGGAGUUGGUGGAUGGGAUGCAGAGAGAGAUUGAUGCGCUGCAAGGAGAAAUCGAGGUGGAGGAGCUGAAGGAGCAGCUGAGGGAGGCGGAGGAGGCUCUGAGCAUGAACGAGACGAACCUGUCGGCUUCCGACUGGGCUGUGCAGCAGCUGGCAGGGGAGCUGUCGACUGUGAAGAGGAAACUGGUGGAGAGGGAAAAGGAAUUAGCCGAGCUGCAGGACCGGUUAUCAGUUCUCGAUCAUGCAGUGGAGGAGAAGGAGAGGGAUCUGGAGAGGCUGGCAGCAGCUCUGCAGGAGGCGAACAAGAAGCGGUGGGCGCGGGCACAGCAGAUCAAACAGAUGGAAGCCGAGAUGGCGGCACUAAGAGGGCAGGUGGGGAAUUUGGGAAGCGGGAAUGAGGUGGAGUCACCACAGGCGGGUGGUGCAGCAGGGAAGAGUGAGGCUGGACGGGAGGGCGAGAGGGAGAAGGAAGAGGAGGUGGUGGAGAGGCAGGGGCAGGGACAGGAGCAGACGCAGAAGCAGGAGGAGCAGGGGCAGGAUCAGAAGCAGGAGCAGGAGGGGCAGGGGCAGGAUACGGAGAGGGAGUUGAAGGAGGCAAGGGAGGCGGUUCAGCGAUUGCUGUUAGAGGUGGAAGAGGGGAGAAGGGAGGUGGAGGAGAGGAGGAAAAGAGAGGAGGAGCUGAAGGAGGAGGUGGAGGAGGGAAGAGAGAGAGUGAGGGAGGUGGAGGGACAGCAGAGAGAGGCGGAGAGGCGAGUGAGGGAGUUGGAGGAGGAGGUGUGUGGGUUGAAGGGGGUGAUGGAGAGGAGGGGCGAGGAGGAGGAGGAGAGAGUGAGGGAGGUUGAGCAGAAGCGAGGGGAGGCUGAGAGGCGAGUAAUGGAGUUGGAGGGGCAGCUUUCAGAGAUGAAGGAAGAUUUGGAGAGGAAGGAGGCUGCUACUGCUCUUGCUGCUCAAGCUGCUGCUGCGUCUGAUGCUGCUACAUCUGAUGCUGUUGCAGCUGCUAGUUCUGCUGCUGCCGCUGCUGUUUCCCUCUGUGCUGCUUGCAAUGGCGCUGCCAGUGUUGGCGGCAUCGCUGCUGCUAGCCCUGCUGCUGGUGCUGUUGCCAGUGCCAUUGCCAGCGCCGCUGCUGCUGGGACCUGGGGCGCAGGGGAGGAGGGGCGUAUAUGGGAGCUGCGCGCCAAGCAGCUGGAAAAGGCCGUGGAACGAUGGAAGGAAUUUGAAGCAGCAGCCAGGCGUGAGGCCAAGUCCCGGAGAGAGGAGUUGGAGCUCAAUAGCAGGCUACUGGCUGAUGCUGUGAGCCUGAACGAUGAAAACGAGGUGACCCUGAAACGCCUAAGGGAUGAGGUGCUUGCUCUGAGGGAGAAACUGGAGGGUGUGGAGGCAGCGAGAGAGAAGGAGAGGAGAGGGGGAGGGGGAGUGGGGAGUGGGGGGGAGAGAGGGGGUGGAGGAGGGGGAGAGGGGGAGCUGGGGCGGUUGAGGGAGGAGGUGAAGGGUCUGAGGGCGAAGCUGCGGGUUGCUGAGAUGGAGUGGGAGAGUGAGAGGGCGCAGAAGGGGCGGGCGGAAGAGGCGCUGGCAAAGUACAGGAGGAAGCUGAGUGAACGGGAGGAGGAGCUUCAUGAUGCCCUGGAUAGUCUCUCUGCUGCUGCUGCCGCUGCUGGUGGUGGUGGUGGUGUCGGUGCUUCUAAGGAGGAUACAGCAGCAGCAGCUGUGUUACAGGAAAGGGUGUUUGCUCUUGAAAG